CAUGGCGGCCUCCUUGGCGGGAGGCUGUAAGAUGUCCCUGAACCUGGCCCGGAGCUACCGAGCAGCCAGGCCGCGACUCGCUGCACUCGUGUCUGAGGCCUGCUGUGUCCGCACGGGACCGAGCCGGCUUCAGAGCACCGGGCCUUCCGAACCCGGUGGGUUCAAGCCACCUCCGAAACCCGUCCUGGUGGACCGGCGCCGAGGCCGGGACGAAAGUAGGAGGUUCCUGAGUCCCGAAUUCAUUCCUCCUAGAGGAAGAACAAACCCUCUGAAAUUUCAGCUGGAGAGAAAGGAUAUGCUAGCCAGGAGAAAGGUGCUUCACAUCCCAGAGUUCUAUGUUGGAAGCAUACUGCGUGUCACCACAGCUGACCCCUAUGCCAGUGGAAAAACCAGCCAGUUCCUGGGGAUUUGCAUCCAGCGGUCAGGAAAAGGGCUUGGAGCUACUUUCACCCUUAGGAACACAAUUGAAGGACAAGGUGUGGAGAUCUGCUUUGAACUGUAUAAUCCUCGAAUACACGAGAUCCAAGUGGUAAAGUUGGAGAAGCGGCUGGACGACAGCCUGCUGUAUUUGCGGGACGCCCUCCCCGAGUUCAGCACCUUCGACGUUGACAUGAAGCCGAUCCCCCACGAGUCCUUCCAGGAAGUGCCUGUUAACGAGCUGAAAGUUAAAAUGAAGCCAAAGCCGUGGUCCAAACGCUGGGAACGUCCGUACUUCAACAUUAAAGGGAUCAGGUUUGAUCUGGCUUUAACUGAAGAGCAAAUGAAAGAAGCCCAGAAGUGGAGCCAGCCGUGGCUGGAGUUUGACAUGAUGAGAGAGUAUGACACUUCCAAGAUCGAGGCUUCGUUGUGGGAAGAAAUAGAAGCAUCAAAGAAGUCGUGAUCUUGGGACCGGUGAGACGGCUCGGCAGCCCUGAUGGCCUGAGGUCAGCUCUGGAACCCGGGGUGGAAGGAGAAAACUGACUCCUGGAAGUUAUCCUCUGCCUUCUACAUGUACACCCUAGCACGUGUGAGCCCGAGCUUGUACACGCAUUAAAGUACGUUUUUUUCUGUUAA